AUGUCUGGCAACCUGACAACCGUGGAACGGCGUCGAGAGCAAAACCGACUAGCACAGCGCCGGUUUCGAGAGAAACAUGGUGCACGCAAAGCACGCGAGCAUCGACAGAACAAAUCCCCCCAACCUUCGAAUGGGGGGCCGCCCCAAUCUGGGGCCACUUCCGGAUUCGCUAUCCUGCCCGAGUCUCCGAGUCUCUCCUUUCCCGCGAGUCGAGAUGGCUCCCCCAGUGACUUUGGAGACUUUUCCAUGAGUCGUGUCACGGACGUAGCCAUGGACAACAACUUCGAUUUUCCCUGGCUUUCGAGCCUUGAACCCGAGUGGAACUACUCGAUUGGAGCCCUUGCAUCGCCAGAAUCGCAGAAUUCUGACCACAUUGACCGAGUGUGCAAAAAGUGCGCCCACGGAAAGUCCGAGAUGGUACUUCCUGCUCUUGUCCAAGCCUCGAGUGAUACGCAGCAGCUCAGCAUCUGUGCGUCGCUGGAGGCGGCAGCAAGUGGCGAAGACUCCAAAAGCAGGUUUCUGACCGUCAGUCCGCUGCACAUGGCGGCCAAGCAAGGGCACUGUAAUAUUGUGCGAAUCCUGCUGGACCAUGACGCGGAUUGCAACCUCCAGGACCAGGACGGCCAGACGCCGUUGGUCCACGCCACCAUCCGCGGCUACGAGGACGUGGCCGACUUGUUGCUGUCGCACGGAGCGAGCCUCCGAUAUGUGGACAACCAGCACCGCUCGGCGCUCCACUGGGCCGUUAUGCACCAACGCGAUCGGCUGCUGCGGAAAUACUUGAAGCACUGCACCAACGAUGGUACGUUGGUUAAUAGCUACACCAAGGCUGGGAGGACAGCGUUGCAUAUUGCCAUCCAGGCAGGCUUCGAAGCAGGAGUGGAACUGCUGUUGAAAUCCGGGGCCAGCGUCCAGGCCAAGGCGCCAUGUGAUGAUAGUAGUAACAAUGCGAAGCAGGUGGAAGAUCUCCAAGCCCAGGAAUUAGACUAA